AUGGACUCCUUCUUUCAACCAACUGGCCUCCGUCUAUCUCAAGAUCAAACUGGAAACCCUAAUUCUUGGUGUUCAUCUUUAAAUUAUACUUUCUCCAAUACAGAUGACCAAAUUAAUCAUUUCGACAUCGAUGUUAUGUUGCAUAAUUGCCAUAAUCUUUAUCCUAAUAAUAAUAACCCUAACCCUAAUCUUCCCCAGUUCAUCGAUCCACCAAGUUAUCAAGAUUCUAGUUCUUCGAAUUUUCCAGCAUAUAUUAGCACCAAUGAGCAGACUCCGGUCUUGCUUGAAAUGACCACAGCUGCCAAUGCUUCGGAAAGCUCAGAUAUUUCUGCGUAUGCCACUUGCACGCCACAAGCAAACCUUUUUCACAGGCAAGCUGAUAUGUGCAAUGGAGAUAGGGUGCAUGAUGGAACAAAGAUUGCAUUUCGUAUAAGAACCGAGCUUGAGGUGCUGGAUGAUGGGUAUAGAUGGAGGAAGUAUGGCAAGAAGAAAGUUAAAAGCAGUCCUAAUCCAAGGAACUACUACAAAUGCUCCACGGCAGGCUGCAGGGUCAAAAAAAGAGUAGAGCGGGAUCGAAAUGAUUCAAGAUAUGUGAUAGCAACCUAUAUUGGGAGGCAUAACCACCACGCUCAAUCCACGGUCCAUUGCAAUCCUACUGGCGUAUGGACAUUGCAAUUCACGUGA